AUGGCGGCUGUUGCACCGCGUCUUUUAAAACCACCAACAAUUCGACAAAUACCCGAUGAUCCUACACGUCUCUUUCUUGAAUGUCAAAUCCAAGGUACACCUAAGCCUGAUAUAACAUGGUUUCAAAAUGAUACUAAAAAUUUAACAACAUCAACUAAACAUAAACAAACAAUUAAACUUUCAACAGGAAAUAAUUAUGACGUAACACUCGAGAUUACUAAUCUUACUGCGACAGAUUCUGGGACAUAUAAAAUUAUUGUUAAAAAUAAAGCUGGUGAAAUUACAGCUAAUGUUAAUUUAAAUCUUUCAACAGAUGAUCAAACUGAAUCAACAGCUGGUGUCAAUAGUUCAAUUAAUGGUACAACACCAGUAUUUACUCAAAAACCAAUUAUAAAACAAGAUAAUGGUGGAAAACGUUUAAUAUUUGAAUGUAAAAUAUCAGCUGAACCGAAACCAGAUAUAGUUUGGUCACGUGAUGAUAUUCUAAUAGAAGAUUCUGGUCGUUAUCUUAUUUAUUGUGAUACUUUACCAAAUAAUUCGUAUCUUGCAUGUCUUGAAAUCGAUGAUGUUAAUACAUCAGAUGCUGGCAAAUAUAAAGUUUCAGCGAAAAAUAAUUUAGGAGAAACCAAUGCUAAUAUUGUUUUAAAUCUUGAUCAAGAACAAAAUGUUACUGGUAAACCCAUAUUCAAUCAAACACCACAAAUUCGUAUGUUUGAAGAAUCAGUAUUAUUAGAAUGUCGUUGUACAGCUGAUCCAAUACCGAGUUUUAUAUGGACAUUUGAUGGAAAACCUAUAACGAUUGGAACAAAAUAUAAGCAAGGAAUGUUAACAGAAGGAACUACACAUACAAUAUUUCUUGAAGUAUCUCAAAUCACAAAAAAUGAUUCGGGAAUAUAUAAAGUCACAGCAACAAAUGCGAAAGGUGAUGGACAAGCAAAUAUUGAAUUAAAUAUUGGAGAAAUUAAUUUCAAAUUACCCGAUGGUGUUGCACCCUCAUUUCUUGGUAAACCAAUGAUCAAACAAACUAAUAAAAAUGCAACUAUUCAAAUCGAUAUUACUGCUGAUCCUAAUCCAUCAUUACAUUGGAGUAAAGAUGGAAAAGAAUUAUCAAAUGUUACACGUAUUGAAAAAAAAGGCGAAAAUAAAUAUACAAUUUUUCUUGAUAUUAAGAAUUUAACUUCAUCGGAUAGUGGUAUUUAUAAAUGUACAUUAUCGAAUGAAAUUGGUACAGCUGUUGCUAAUAUUGUUCUUAAAGUUGCUGGUGAUAAAGCGAAUUUAGAACAAUUAGAUCGAAUAGCUCCAGCAUUUGAAAAACCAAAAAUUACAAAAGAUUUAAAACAAAAAACAAUUAAAAUUGAAUGUCGUUGUAAAGGAAAAUUAGAACCGAAAAUCAUAUGGAAAAAAGAUAAAAUUGAAAUAAAAGAUAAAUUAAAUAAAUAUAAAAUUAGUAAAACAAAAGGAACAGAUGAUACAUACACAUUUACUCUUGAGAUUCUUAAUGCGACUUCAACUGAUAAUGGUGUUUAUAAAAUCUUAGCAAAAAAUGAUGCUGGUGAUUCUCAAGCAUUAAUUAAUUUAAUGAUCGAUACUGAGGCAGCACCACCAAAGGAUGAAGAAGCAAAGAAAAAAGCUCAAGAUAAUGCAAUACCAACAAUAUCAACUCCAACUGAGAAUAAUUCCGAUGAAAAUGAUCGUCGUGUACCUAAAAUUCAAACUGAAGAAUCAUUAUAUGAAGAAGCAGGACCACGUCGUGCUAAAACAACUGAUCGACCUAAACGUCCUUCAGCAUCGAAUCUUAAUGUUAUCAGUGAAAAUCCACCAACUCUUCAAAUACGUACCGAUCAACCAGAAGAGACGGGUAUUAAUGAUGAUUCACCUGGUUCUCGUCGUUCAAGUGCAAUAGAAGAACGACGACCAUCACUUCGUCAUGUUGAUCAAGAAAAUUUACUUAAAGUUAGACGAGAUUCAAAAACUAAACGACCAUCAUUAGCUGAAGUUGUACCUGGUUGGCCAGCUUUAAAUAAAGUUAAACGACCAGAAAAGGAAAAAGAAUCAUUUGUCGAACCAUUACGUGACAUAAAAUGUAAAGAAGAAGAUGGUGAAAUAACUUUUCAAUGUACGUUUUGUAAACCAAGUACACGAAUACGAUGGCUUAAGAAUAAAGUCGAAAUUUUUCAUGGUUUAAAAUAUCAUUUUGAUUCAAGUGGAGCUAAACAAAAAUUAACUAUUUAUAAAUUACAUCCAGAUGAUUCAGGAAAAUAUUUCUGUCGUGUUAAUGAUAUUGAAACAUCUGCAUGGCUUGAAGUACAACCUGCUAAACCAUUGUAUGAUUUUUAUAAAGAAUUACCACCUAGAAUGGAAGUAUUUCGAACAAAACCAACUAUACUUGAAUGUCAUGUUAAUGAUCCAGAUGCACCUGUUAAAUGGUAUAAAGAUGGAGUUCUUAUUGAGCUUGAAAAAGAUAAACGUAUGAAAUAUCAUCAAGAUAUGACACGAUGUAUUUUUCGAAUUAUGAAAACAACAAAAGCAGAUGAAGGUGAAUAUACUUGUCAAAUUGAUGAUGAUCGUGGUAUUAAAACGACUGGUUAUCUCUAUGUGGAAGAACCACAAUGGCGUUUUGAAACAAAAUUACCUGGAACAUUAGAAGCUGAUGAAAAAGAUAAAAUUGAACUUGAAUGUAGUGUUCAAGAUGAAGAUGCUGAAUGUGAUUGGUAUUUUGCUGGUGAAAAAAUUCUUCCGGAAUUAUAUCCUGAUAAAUAUGAAAUAAUAUCCUAUGGAAAAGUUCGUAAAUUAAUUAUUCGUAAUUUACAUGCAAUUAAUGAUAAAGGAAAAUAUGAAUGUCGAACUGGUGUUAUGACAACAUCCUGUGAUGUAUCUGUUCGACCUGCACUUCGUAUUGAAAAAGGUUUAAAAGAUAUUGAUGCAAUUGAAGGUGAUGAAAUUACAUUAGAAGUUGUAUUAUCGAAAUCAGAUACAAGAGGAAAAUGGUUAAGAGAUGGAAAAAUUCUAUAUCCAGAUCAAAAUAUGGCUAUUCUUAACGAAGGAAAUAAAUUUAGAUUAAAAUUUAAAAAUUUAGAUUUAAAAGAUGCAGGAGAUAUUUCAUUUCAAUGUGGUGAUCUAAAGGACAGUUGUAAGAUCACUGUAAAAGAAACUGAAAAACCACCACGAAUUGAUGCAAGUCGAUUUGCAAAAUCAGUGACUGUUAAAGCCGGUCGACCACUUGAUCUUGAAAUUCCAUAUGAUGCUUAUCCUUCACCAACUAUGAUUUGGACAAAAGAUGGAAAAAUAAUUUCACCAGAAGAUUACUCAUUAUGUCAAACAUCAAUCGAACCAAAAAAAUGCAAAUUAAAUAUUGAAAAAUCAAAACGAACGGAUACAGGCAAAUAUGAAUUAACAUUAAGAAAUACUAAAGGGGAAAUUAAAAUACCCAUUGAUGUUACUGUUCUUGAUCGUCCUGGUAAACCAGAAGGUCCAAUGAAAGUUAGUGACAUGACAAAAGAAACAUGUUUAGUUUCUUGGAAACCUCCAUUGGAUAAUGGUGGAUGUUCAAUUGAAAGAUAUAUUGUUGAAAAACAAGAUGUUGGACGUGGUGGUUGGACGCCAGCUGGUGAAGUUAAUGGUGACAAUACAUCAUUACGUGUAACAAAAUUAAUAUCGGGAAAAGAAUAUUUAUUUCGUGUACGUGCUAUUAAUAAAGAAGGUGAAAGUGAUCCAUUAGAAACUAGUGGAGCAACAUUAGCAAAAAAUCCAUUUGAUGAACCAAGUGCACCUGGUAAACCAGAAAUAUCGGAUUGGGAUAGAGAUCAUGUUGAUCUUGAAUGGGAAACACCGAAAAAUGACGGUGGCGCACCAAUUGAAAAAUAUAUUAUUGAACGAAGAGAAAAAGGACGUGAUCAAUGGCAAAAGGGAGCUGAAAUUGAUGCUGUACGAAAUAAAGGUGCUUGUGGUGGUUUAUCUGAAGGCAAAGAAUAUGAAUUUCGUAUUAUUGCUAUGAAUAAAGCUGGUUCAUCAGAACCUAGUGAACCAUCAAAUAUUGUUCUUGCUAAAUCACGUUUCUUAAAACCACGUAUCAACAAAGUUAGUUUAAAAUCUGUUACUGUGAAACAAGGUCAACCAGUUACCUUAGAAGCUCCAUAUGCUGCUGAACCAAUUCCAACCAUGACUUGGCUACAUGAAACAACUGAACUUAUAUCUGAUGAUCGUAUACAAAUGACACAAACUGAUAAAAUAGCUAAAUUAAAUAUUAUUAAAUCAGUUCGAUCUGAUACAGGUCGAUAUAUAAUUCGUUUAGUUAAUAGUUCAGGAACAGACACAGCUGAAUGUGAUGUUAUCGUUCUUGGUCCACCAUCAAUGCCACGUGGACCAUUAGCAAUAAAAGAAGUUACAAAAUCAAGUGUAACACUUUCAUGGCUACCACCAACAGACACUGGUGGAAAAGAAAUUACAAAUUAUGUUAUUGAAAAACGAGAUAAAAAAACGGGUGAUUGGGUACGUUGUAAUGAUCCUAUUAAUGGUACACAAGUAACAAUAUCAAAAUUAAAAGAAGGACAUGAAUAUGAAUUCCGUGUUAUGGCUGAAAAUGCGAAUGGUCUUUCAGAACCAUUAAUAACUGAAAAUGCUAUUCUUGUUAAAAAUCCAUUUACUGAACCUGGUCAAACAAGUGUACCGGAAUGUGUUACACGUGAUCGUAAUCGUAUUGAAAUUAAAUGGAAUCCACCGAGAAAUGAUGGUGGUAAUCCAGUGAAAGGUUAUAUUAUCGAACGACGAGAGAAAGGAACGAAGAAAAGAGAAUGGACAAAAAUAAAUCGUAACGAUUAUCAUAAAGGAACGAAUUUUGUCGAUGAAAAUGUAACAGCUAAUAAAGAAUAUGAAUAUCGUGUAUCAGCUGUGAAUGAUGCUGGUCCAGGUGAACCAAGUGAUGCGUCACAUGGUAUUUUUGCUAAACCAGAAAAAGAAAAACCUUCAUUCGAUCUUAGUGCAUUAACUGGUGGACUUGGUAGAAAAGAAAUUCAUGUCAAAGCUGGCGAACCAUUAACAAUUGAUUUGCCUAUUGAUGGAUCACCAACUCCAACAAUUACAUGGAUAAAAGAUGGUGAACUUGUACAAGCUACACGAGAUACUCAACUUGAACAUGAUGAUACUCAUGCUAAAUUACAUAAACCAAUAUCAAAACGUUCGGAUACAGGAAAAUAUAAGAUUCAAUUAAAAAAUGAUUCGGGUGAAGAUGAAUGUGAUAUUAAUGUUAUUGUAUUAGAUAGACCAGGAAUACCUGAAGGUCCAUUAGAAGCAACAGAAACAACAAAAGAUACGGUUUCACUUCAAUGGAAAGUACCCAAAGAUAAUGGUAAUGGAGACAUUACAGGUUAUAUCAUUGAAAAAUGUCCAGAAAAUUCUGAUCGAUGGGAAAAAGUCUCAGGUGUAUUUACAAAACCACAAGGGACUGUUAAAGAUUUAGAAACAAAUAAAAAAUAUAAAUUUCGAGUUAAAGCUGAAAAUAUCUAUGGCAUCAGUGAACCAUUAGAAACAACAUCAACAAUAAUUGUUAAACCACCUUAUGAUCCACCAGAUGCGCCUGAUACACCUGAAAUUACAGAAUAUAAUUCAACAUAUAUAAAACUUAAAUGGGAUAGACCGAAAAAUGAUGGUGGAAAUCCAAUAACUGGUUAUAAUAUUGAAAUGCGUGAAAAGGGUGGUAAAAAUUGGAAAUCAUGUAAUAUUGUUCCAACUAAAGCAACACAAUAUACUGCAUCGGGUUUACGUGAAGGUCAAACAUAUGAAUUUCGAGUAGCUGCUGUAAAUGAUGCUGGAGCAGGAAUACCAUCAAAAUCUACAAAAGCACAAAAAGCUGAAGUACCUAUAUUUCCAGCUGAUGCACCUGAUCAACCUAAAGUUGAUAAAAUUACCAAAGAUUCAGUUACACUUUCAUGGAAAAAACCAUUCAAUGAUGGUGGAAGUAAAAUUACUGGUUAUAUCAUUGAAAAACGAACAGCAGAUAGUCAAGACUGGAGUGAAGUCAUUGAAUUACUAGUUCGUGAUUCUUCAUAUACAAUACCUAAUUUAAAUGAAGGUAGUAAAGUAUCAUUUCGUAUUCGUGCUAUUAAUGGUGUUGGUCCAAGUGAACCAAGUCGAUCAACAGAUACAAUUACUAUUGAAGAUCAACCAGAAAAACCAUCAUUUCUUGAUUUACAUGGUAUUAAAGAUAUAACAAUUAAAGCUGGUAAAGAUUUCGAAGUGCAUAUUCCUUAUAAAGCUAUACCAAAAGCACAAGCACAAUGGUUUAUUGAUGAUAAAGAUCUCGUUGCUGAUGAUCGUGUUGAUAUUAAAACAUUAGAUAAUGUAAUUACAUUACUUAAUCGUAAAGCUGAACGAAAUGAUGCUGGUUUUUAUAAAUUAGUAUUAAAAAAUAGUGAAGGUACAAAUCAAAUUCAAUUUCGUGUGACUGUUCUAUCUCCACCAACAAAACCAGAAGGUCCAUUAGAAGCAACAAAUAUAACUGCUGAAGGAUGUACAUUAAGCUGGAAACCAUCGAAAAAUGAUGGUGGUAGUGAUAUAAAACAUUAUAUUGUUGAACGACGUGAACCUGGAACAGAUAAAUGGAUAAAAGUCGGUCCACCUGUAUCAGGCACAACAUAUGAUGUUAAAGGUUUAGAUGAAGGAAAAAAUUAUGAAUUUCGUGUUAGUGCAGAAAAUGAGAAUGGUCUCUCGGAACCUUUAAUUAUUGAUGCAGCAAUUAAAGCUAAGUGGCCAUUUAAACCACCUGAAGCGCCUGGUAAACCUGAAUGUAUUGCACAUACAAGUGAUUCAAUUACAUUACAAUGGACAAAACCAGAGAAUGAUGGAGGAAAUCCUGUACGAGGUUAUAUGAUUGAAAAGAAAGAAAAAGGAACUAACAGAUGGAUUCCUGUUAAUCGAGAACCAAUUUCAGGUAUUGAAUACACAGUUCCAGGUCUUACUAAUGGUAAAGAAUAUGAAUUUCGUAUUGCUGCUACGAAUAAAGCUGGUCCAGGAGAUUAUGCUCAAACCGAUGGUUCUAUUCAAGCUCGUCCACCUGAUGUUGCUCCACAUGCUGUUGGUUUUAGUGCAUUUAGUCCAAAAGAAAUCAUUGUUCAUGCAGGUGAAGAUCUAAGAAUUCCAGUUCCAUUUAUUGGUUCACCUGCACCACAAGUUAUAUUUGCAAAAGAUGGUGAAGAGAUAAAAGCAGAUGAUAAUACACAAAUAACAAUUAAAGAUGGUAUUGCUGAACUUAUUAUACCAAAAGUUAAAGGUGGCAGUAGUGGAUUAUAUUCAUGUACUUUAAAAAAUCAUCUUGGACAAGAUACCGUACAAAUGAAAGUUAUUGUUGUUGAUAAACCAGAUACACCCGAAGGUCCAUUAGAAAUUAAUGAUAUAAAACCAGAUUCAUGUGUAUUAACAUGGAAACCACCAAAAAAUGAUGGUGGUUCACCCAUAAGUAGUUAUAUAAUUGAAAAAUUUGAUACGAAAAAAGGUGAAUGGCAAAAAGUAUCAAGUUUUUGUCGUGUACCCUUCUAUGAAGUAACUGGACUUAAAGAAGGUUCAGAAUAUAAAUUUCGUGUUUCAGCUGAAAAUCUUUAUGGGCAAAGUAUACCACUGGAAUGUGAAAAAUCAAUUAUUGCAAAAAAUCCCUAUAAUGCACCACAAGGUCCAUCGAAUAUUGAAAUUGGUAAACAAACCGAAAAUUCAGUUACAUUAAAAUGGAAUAAACCAAAAAAUGAUGGUGGCUCAAAAGUAAUUGCUUAUCAAGUUGAAAUACGUAAACCCGAUAGUGAUAUAUGGGAAAUGGCAAAUGAUUUUCCAAUUAAAGGAAAUGAUUUUACAGUUGAUAAUCUUCAAACAGGAAAACCAUAUGAAUUUCGUGUUAAAGCAAAAAAUGCUGCUGGUUGGGGAGAAUAUACUAAACUCGAUCGACCAGUUACACUUAAACCUGAUAGUGUUGCACCUUCAUCACCCGGUAUGCCGGAAGUAAAAAAAGUUGGUAAAAAUCAUAUAGAAUUAGCUUGGACAUCACCAACAGAUGAUGGUGGUGCAAAAAUUACGGGUUAUAUUAUUGAAAAAAAACCUAUUGGAAGUGAUCAAUGGGUUAAAGCCUUACCUUAUAUGUCAGUUGAUAAUAAUGCUACAAUAACUGAUUUGCCAGAAAAUGGCGAAGUUGAAUUUCGUGUUAAAGCAGUUAAUAAAGCUGGUGAAAGUGAACCAAGUUCAACAACUGGUCGAGUUAAAAUAACUGAAUAUCCAAAUGGACGAGUACCUACAUUUGUUAAAAAAAUAACUGAUACAAAUGCAUCUAUGAAUAGUGAAGCUAUAUUUACAAUUGAAUAUGAUAGUAAUCCAAUACCAGAAGUAAAAUGGUUUCGUAAUGGAUUAGAAUUAAUAACUGGUGGUCGUUGUCGUAUUACUACAAAUGCUGAUGAAUCUAAAUCGAUAUUAACAUUUACUGAAACAUGGGAAAGUGAUAAUAAUUCGAAGAUUUCAUGUGAAAUUAUUAAUCCACUUGGUAAAGAUAGUUGUGAAGCAAAUUUUCAUGUUAAAACACCACCGAAAAUUCCUCGUGAACCAGAUGAACAACGAGUUUCAUUGGGUGAUACAUUAAAAGUUAAAAUUCCAAUAAAUGGUAAAGGUCCAUUUACAUUUAAAUUAAAAAAAGAUGAUCAAUCAUUAAUUGACGAUGAUCGAGUACGUAUUCAAGAAUAUGAUGAUUAUAUUGCUGUUACAAUUCCUGAUAUUGAACGAAAUGAUGGUGGAAAAUAUUCACUUAAUAUUGCAAAUGAUUCCGGUUCAUGCAAUGUACCAUUAAAAGUUAAAGUCGUUGCUCCACCAGUUUCUCCAACAGGCCCACUUGAAAUAUCAAAUAUAUCGAAAGAUCAUGCAACAGUUUCUUGGAAACCACCAAAAGAUGAUGGUGGUAGUAAAAUAACUGGUUAUAUUGUUGAAAAACGUGAUACAUCAAAAGGAUCAGAUGCUUGGAUACCUGUUACACAAAAUUGUAAAGAUACAACAUUUACUAUUCCAUCAUUACUUGAUGGACAUGAAUAUGAUUUUCGUGUUAUGGCUAUGAAUGAAAAUGGUACAAGUGAACCAUUACGUUCAUCCUCAUCAAUAAUUGCUCAACUUCCAUUUAAACCACCUGGUUCACCUGGACAACCAGAUGUCAAUGAAAUAACAAAUAAUAGUGUUAAACUUCAUUGGGAUAAACCGGUUUCUGAUGGUGGAGGUCCUAUAACUGGUUAUUGGAUUGAAAAACGUGAAGUAAAUAGUGAUAAAUGGAUUCCAGUAAAUCUAUCUCCAUGUCAAUCAAAUCGAUAUACAGUUGCAUCAUUAAUUGAAGAUUAUACUUAUGAAUUUCGUAUUAUAGCAGAAAAUGAAGCUGGAAAAGGAACACCAUCUGAUGCAACUAAACCAACUAAAAUUAAAGAUCCAAAUGCAUCAAUUGCACCUGAUUUUAUUAAAAAAUUAAAAGAUACUGAUGGUAAUGAAGGUAAAACAAUUCGUUUAGAAGCUGAAGUUAUUGGAACACCAAUACCAGAUAUUGAAUGGUUCAAAGGUUCUAAAGAAAUCUCUCAAAAUGCCAAGUACUCUAUAACACGUGAUGGUGAUAAAUGUAUUUUGGUUAUUACUAAUGCUACGCCAGAUGAUAUUGAUGAAUAUACGAUCAAAGCACGUAAUAAAGGUGGUUCAAGAGUAUCUCGUUGUAAUGUAAAUAUUCGAUCACCACCAAAAUUUCGUUUACCACCAAAAUAUCAAGAUAUUCUUAAUUAUGAUAAAGGUGAACCAAUUGUUAUAAAAAUUCCUUAUACUGGUAGUCCAUUACCAAAUGUUACAUUAACAAAAGAUGGAAAAGAUCUAACAAAAGAUAAAAAUGUUUCAAUUGAUAUUAGUGAUCGAGCUAUUACAUUAACUAUUCGAAAUGGAGAUAAGAAUACAACUGGACCUUAUAAAAUUAAAUUAGGCAAUAAUUUAGGUGAAGACGAAGCUACAUUACGUAUUCAUGUAUCAGAUGUACCUGAUAAACCACAUACUCCACAAAUAGAUUCAAUUUCAAAUGACUCAGUGGUUUUAUCAUGGCAAGCACCAGCAGAUAAUGGUGGAAGUAUUAUAACGAAUUAUAUUAUUGAAAAACUUGAUCCUGAAACAGGCAAAUGGACUAAAGCAGCAACAAGUCGAUUGCCUCGUGUUACUGUAGAAAAUUUAUUAUCGAAUAAACCCUAUCAAUUUCGUAUUAUUGCGGAAAAUAUCCAUGGUACUAGUGAGCCAUCAGAACCAACAAAUACUAUUCAAACAACUGAUUCCAAUACAAAUAAUAAACGACGUUUAGGAAAAGAUGAUGAUGAGUUAUUACGAAGAAAACUUAAAGAUUUACCAAAAUUAGAUAAUUAUGAUCGAUGCUUCUGGGAUAUUUGGGAUAAGGGACGUGAACCACAACCAGCUACAUUAAAACAUGAAAGUAUUCAUGAUUAUUACGAUAUUCUUGAAGAAAUCGGACGUGGUGCUUUCGGUGUUGUUCAUCGUUGUAUUGAAAAAUCGACUGGUAAAACAUAUGCUGUUAAAUUCAUUCCAACAUCAACAUCAGCUGAUAAAGAAAUUGUUCGUCGUGAAAUGGAUAUUAUGAAACAAUUAAAUCAUCCAAAAAUACUUCAUUUACAUGAUGCAUUUGAAGAUGAUAUGGAAAUGGCAAUGAUUACUGAAUUUAUUGCUGGUGGAGAUUUAUUCGAUCGUAUUGCUGAUCCAAAUUAUAAAAUGACAGAAGCUGAAGCAAUUAAAUAUAUGAGACAAAUAUGUCAAAGUCUUAAACAUAUGCAUGAAAAUAAUAUUGUUCAUUUAGAUUUAAAACCGGAAAAUAUUAUGUGUGAAACAAAAACUAGUACAAAUAUAAAAAUAUGUGAUUUUGGUUUAGCGACAAAACUUGAUCCAAAUGAAAUUGUUAAAGUUAGUGCAGCAACUGUUGAAUUUGCUGCACCAGAAAUUGUUGAUCAUGAUGCAGUUGGAUUUUAUACAGAUAUGUGGGCAGUUGGUGUUCUUGCCUAUGUUAUUUUAAGUGGGUUUUCACCUUUUGGUAGUGAUGAUGAGGAGGAUACCAAGGAAAAUAUACGAAAAUGUGAUUUACAUUUUCCAAAUGAAAUGUUUGGUGAAAUAUCUGAUGAAGGAAAAGAUUUUAUGAAGAAACUUCUAUUAAAAAAUCGAAAUUCUCGACUGACUGUACAUGAUGCACUUAAUCAUCCAUGGUUACGUGAAGAUCAUUCAGAAUUUGAUUCUCGUAUUCCAUCGAAUAGAUAUGAUAAUAUUCGUCAACGUAUUCGUAAACGAUAUAAUGAUUAUCCGGAUUCAACUAUCGGCCUUGGUCGUAUGGCAAAUUGGAGUUCACUUCGAAAGAAUAGACCCGAAGAUUAUAAGAUUUAUAGUAGUUUUUGGGAUCGCCGUGAAGCUGCACCAAGAUUUAUACUUCGUCCACGUAAUGCUCAUGUUUUAGAAGGAAAUAAUGCUGAAUUUGAUUGUCGUAUUAUUGCCGUUUCUCCGCCAGUGGUUUCUUGGUAUCGUGAUAAUAUCGAAAUUCGUCAAUCAACAAAACAUUUAAAAAAAUAUGAUCGAAAUAAUUAUAAACUUGAAAUCAAACGUUGUUUACAAGAUGAUAAAGGAGAAUAUAUUGUCCGUGCAUCCAAUAGUUAUGGUGAAAAAGAAUAUGCUGUAUUCUUAACUGUUGAAUUUUAUCUUUCACAAUUGAUUAUGCGACCAUUAUGUUUUUAUCAUUAUAUACCAUAG